UGUCUUUCAUAAUUCACACGAUUUGUUUUCACGCGAAUUAUUUCACGCGCCACCUUCAGGAAAUUUUCUUAUUGAAGCCUUUGUAAAAAGUGCCACAAUUUCCCCUAUAAUCUCCCAUAAACUCCAUGUGCUUUUGUAACUAGUUGUCACGUAAUUAAUUAUUCCUGAAAAUUAAUUGACACUCGGUUGAUCCAAGUCGAUUACGAUAAAUUUGUGUUUUGGAAAUUAUCUGCGGAAUUGUAAAACCUAAUUAUUCAGUAAUUUUUUCUCUUGAGUUUUCUGUUAACCUCGACCACCUCGAUUCAUCAUGGUACUAAAUGUUGCCACGAAAAUCAGUAUUGAAUACAGGAGACGAUUAUGAAGAUGCCAACAGAGAAACAACUUCAACGUAUCGAGAAAAAACGAAAAAAAAUGGCUGCACUAUUGGAGAUAACAAAAUUAAAUGAUAAAGAUAGAGAAGCUAGAGCCCUAGGUCUUAAAAACAUAGAAAUGAAUUCAAAUAAUCCUCCAUCAUCCUGUGAAAUGUCAGCCUUGAGUCCCAGUCGAAAGAGGCCCUGCAACCAUUCAUCAACAGCUGCAAUCACCUCAACUCCAGAAGGAGAAAAUCCCCCGAAGGAGCUUCCUGAAGAAUCACACCCAGGAGUCAACAAAAAACCUCGUCUCGCUGGUGAAGAGUACGCUAAAUUAAAACAAGAACUUCGAGAGCGAAAGAAAGUCCUAAAAAACAUUCCACGAUUUCGAUUAAAAGCUGUUGGAGAGAACGCCAGUUUGAACAAUGCAAUCAAGCAUGAUGAGAGGAUUCCAAUAUUUUUGGCAGACGUUCAACACCUCCUGAUGUAUUCUCUGUUAGGUCAUCAUUCGCCUUUCUCCCCAGCUCGAUGGUGCCACCUGGAAAAAUUCAACAAAGUGUCUCAUACUGUUGUUUUCAUUGUCGAGGGCCUCUCCAUGUAUCAUUUUCAUUCGCACGAGUCGAUUUUCACACACAUCGGAAAUAAUUUGGAGCAUCGGUUGGAGCUGGUGACACCAGCUGCUUACGGUGGCUCAGUCAUUGAGGAAUUGGCUGCAGUUCCAUUAACAGGUACUCAAAGCAACGGCUUGAUCCAGCAAUUUGGAUCUCUCGAAGCAGCCAUGCAGUCUACCGGAGAUCUAGUGAAACUCCUGAAAGUGGUCUUUCCCAUGCGUUCACCACCGCAAACUGGUUUACCAAAUCUCAAUAACUUACCACCAGCCGACAAAUUCCCCCGCACCCAACUCCUCCUCUCCCCCUGGCAACUCGUCGAGGAGAACUACCCUCUGCCUCUCCGAGGGGGUCUGGCAAAUCGGUACAAAGACUACGUCCUCACCAAGGACGAAUAUCUGGAGGCCACCCCCAAUUCACCGAUGUUCGGCCUCGACUGCGAGAUGUGUCGUACAACCACUGGCUUCCUCGAGCUCACCAGAAUUUCGAUUGUCGACGAGCAGAUGAAGGUGAUUUACGAGUCCCUCGUGAAACCUGAAAAUAAAAUCACAGAUUAUCUCACCAGAUACAGUGGAAUAACAGAGGAGUUGUUGAUAAACGUGACAACGACCCUAAAAGACGUGCAGAAUCGUCUACGAGAGCUCCUUCCACCAGACGCCAUUCUGGUCGGCCAAAGUCUCAACGCCGAUCUCCAUACAUUGAGAAUGAUGCAUCCUUACAUAAUCGACACUUCUGUCAUUUUCAAUACAACCGGUGAACGCUACAGGAAGACAAAACUCCAGGUGUUGGCCAGAGAAUUUUUGAGCGAGAGAAUUCAGGAGAGCAAGAGCGGCCACUGCUCGACGGAAGACUCCCUGGCAUCGAUGAAGCUAGUGCAAUUGAAGCUGGCUAACACUGUGGACUUUGGGGAUGCUGUUCUCAUUGGUCAGAGAGAACUGGAGGAGACCCUGAGAAAGCGGAAGUCUAAGGAGGAGACACAAAAGUUCGGUGUAUCGAUAUUUAAACAUGUGACAAAAGACAAACGAACUGCAGCAAUUGUCAGCACUUCUGAUGUGAUGAAUGAGUACUCCAGGUAUAUGAAGGCCUCUAGUCUUCACGUGAUGGAUGAUGCCAAUUAUGAUAAGAAUGAUCAUGUUCGGCUGGUCCUUGCCGAAACCAACAAGCAGACGGUUAACAGGGCUUCACAAAUUGCUAUGGAGCACGCUCUGACUUUCUGUCAUGUUAAAAUCCCUCAGGAUCAUCUUCAAUUGGAGAAUGUUGAGAGGACCUGUCGGGCUGUCAACAAGUGGAUGACCAAGAUCUGGCAUCAUAUGGCCAUCAAUGGUCUUGCUUGUGUUGUGUUCAGUGGAGAGAGUAAUGCCUCUAAUGGGGCUUGUUUCAUUAAUUUAAAAAGAGAACAGGCUCCAAUUCGUGAACUGCUGGAGAGACAUUGAGAUUUGUACAUGGGAGGAAUAAAUGUGUGAAUUUAUUGAAGGAAUAAACCAUUUGCUUAAUUCUUGUUAUUGAAGGCUGAAUAUUCAUGAUCUUUCUUUAUGGAAAUGUAUAAAUCGAAAAAAUCGUAUGUUGUUAAUAAACAUUUUAUAGCACGUUUAA